AUCAUAGGUGAGGCUGUGUAUGUGGAUGAUAUUCCUUCACCAACAAAUUGCUUAUAUGGAGCAUAUAUUUAUAGUACGAAACCUCUGGCAAGAGUAAAAAAUAUAAAGCUCCAACAAGAAGAUGGAGUGAGGGCAGUCAUUUCAAGUAAAGACAUUCCUGAUGGUGGGGAAAAUGUUGGUUCUAAGUUUGUCUUCGGUGUUGAACCUUUAUUUGCGGAUGAGAUUGUCCAAUGUAUUGGUGACCGUGUUGCAUUUUUGGUUGCAGACACUCAGAAAAUAGCAGAUAUGGCAGCAAACUCUACGGUUGUUGAGUAUGAUUUCAAGAAUCUCGAACCACCUAUUCUAUCUGUUGAAGAGGCCGUCGAAAGAUCAAGUCUUUUCGAAAUUCCUCCAACAUAUCAACCACAACAAGUUGGUGAUAUAUCAGAAGGCAUGGAAGAAGCAGACCACAAGAUUUCUGCUGAGCUUAAACUUGGGUCUCAAUACUAUUUCUAUAUGGAGACGCAAACUGCACUUGCUGUUCCAGAUGAAGACAAUUGCUUAGUGGUUUACACUUCAUGUCAAGGGCCAGAGGUUCCACAAUCUGUUAUUGCAGGAUGCCUAAAUAUUCCUCAGCAUAAUGUUCGUGUAAUCACAAGAAGGGUUGGUGGUGGUUUUGGUGGAAAGUUCUUGAAAUCCCUUCCCAUGGCUACGACAUGUGCACUUGCAGCGCACAAAUUACGACGCCCCGUCAGGAUGUAUAUGAAUCGUAAGGUGGAUAUGAUAAUGGCUGGAGGAAGGCAUCCUAUAAAGAUAACUUACAAUGUUGGAUUCAAAAACAAUGGGAAGAUUACUGCUUUAGAAAUUAAGGUACUGAUAGAUGCAGGGAUAUAUCCUGAUCUAUCUCCAUACAUACCAUAUUCUAUGGUUAAUGCACUUAAAAAAUAUGAUUGGGGUGUUCUGUCUUUUGAUAUAAAAGUAUGCAAGACUAAUCUUCCAAGUAGAUCUAUAAUGAGAGGCCCUGGGGAUGUUCAAGGAACAUAUGUUGCUGAAGCUAUAAUAGAACAUGUGGCAUCUACACUUUCACUAGAUGUAGAUUAUGUGAGAAGCACUAACUUCCACACAUACAACAGUCUCUCAACAUUCUACAAGAAUUCUGCAGGGCAACCUCUUGACUAUACCCUAGUUUCAAUGUGGAACAAGUUAGCUAUUUCUGCAAGAUAUGACCAAAGGAGAGAAACUGUGAAAGAGUUUAAUAGGAAUAACAUUUGGAAAAAAAGAGGUGUAUCUCGUGUGCCUGUUGUGUACGUACUGGAUGUGAGACCAUUACCAGGAAGAACAAGUAUUCUAAGCGACGGGUCAAUUGUUGUUGAAGUUGGAGGGAUUGAAAUAGGUCAAGGUCUUUGGACUAAGGUGAAGCAAAUGGCUGCAUAUGCUCUGAGUUUGAUCCAAUGUGAUGGACCACAAGACCUCCUGGAUAGAAUACGUGUCAUACAGUCUGAUACAUUGAGCUUGAUUCAAGGAGGGUAUACAGCUAAUAGCACUACAUCAGAGUCAAGUUGUGGAGCAGUUAGGCUUAGUUGCAAUGUCUUGGUUGAGAGGUUAAUGCCGCUCAAGGAAAAGUUGCAGAAGGAGACGGGUUCUGUCAAAUGGGAGACACUUAUUUCUCAGGCACAUACGCAAUCUGUGAACUUAUCAGCAACUUCAUUUUAUUACCCUGGCAAUACUACCAACAGUUACCUCAACUAUGGUGCUGCAGUGAGUGAGGUGGAAAUAGAUCUUCUAACAGGAGAAACAUUUGUUCUGCAAACAGAUAUUAUAUAUGAUUGUGGAAAAAGUCUCAACCCUGCUGUAGAUUUAGGACAGAUUGAAGGAGCAUUUGUGCAAGGGUUAGGGUUUUUCAUGCUUGAAGAAUAUGAAACAAAUCAUGAAGGAUUAGUGUUAGCAGAUGGAACAUGGAAUUACAAAAUCCCCACAUUAGACACUAUACCUAAGCAGCUCAAUGUUGAAAUUAUCAAUAGUGGACAUCACAAAAAUCGCGUUCUCUCCUCUAAGGCUUCUGGUGAGCCGCCACUACUUCUAGCAGCUUCAGUUCAUUGCGCUGUUAAAGCAGCUGUCAAGGAGGCUAGAAAACAGCUUCAUUCAUGGAGCAACUCAGAUGCAAUUGAUAAACCAUUCCACUUGGAUGUGCCAGCAACCAUGGCUGUGGUAAAGGAAUUCUGUGGAUUAGACAUUGUGGAAAGAUACUUGAAAUGGAAAAUGGGCAAAAUUUGAAGGUUCUCAAUGUCUUGGAAAAUAAAUUAGCGUGUAUUUUAUGUUUGCAUGUUGAAGAAAUAUGUAUCCGUUUUUUCAAUGUUUUAUGUGUACCUUAUGUUUGAAUAAGAGGAAAUAUGGCCUCAUGCUCAAGAAAUUAACACUCAA